GGAGCUAAUUCAAAAUGUUCGAUAAAAAACUAGUGUCGCGAAAUGUUUUGAACAUUACAAAGCCUCAUUUCUAUCGUGCCGUAAAUAUCUACUUAUUUAAGCCUCAUGUCUUGAAUCGUAAGUUGUUUGGUGCCAACAAUUUCCUGAACUUCACGUUUCGUCAAAUGAGGGAAGACUCAUCAUUGGAUGCUGCAGGUUUACUUGAGAACUUCAAAGUUCAGUUUGAAAAAGAUCAAAAUCAUGAAACUGUUGUUAGUGCAUUGGCUCAAAAAUACAAUUUAGAUGUAGAAAAACUGCCUGAUGGCAUCGAACUACACUCCUCGCUCAAUGAAGAUCAAGGAUAUUUCGUUUUCAAUAGGUUGUUGCCCAGAAAUUUGGAUGCGUUCAGGCCAUUAGAUAUGUUAACAAUCAUCGAUCCUGUCCAACCAUCCGCUUCGUUUAUUUGUUUGCAUGAUAAGGAAAAUAUCUUAGCCCCAAAGUUUGCUUUUUCCAUACAAAUGAACGGCCAGGAGUUGUCUAUCAAAUGUACUGAUUCAGCUUUAGAUACCAAAUCGAUUAUUUGGUUAACAGAUGUUCUUUUUCCACGUCUCUUGAAAUGGAUUGAUACUUUUUCGAAACAGGAGAACCAAGGUUUCUUGAAAGAAGAUAUCAACUCACUUUCAAUGUUGUUCAAUAUUGAAGAAUACAACCAGUUGUAUGGAAAACUCAAAACCAAGUACGGGGUCCAAAUGGUCGAGAAAUGGCCGGAGGGAACCGAUCCUAAAAAGUUCGUAUAUGAAGACGUGGCAAUAGCCUCUUAUCUGUUACUACUAUGGAAGCAGGAACGAGAAAUCAACGGAUCUGAUAGGUUGCAAUCGUUUGUUGAUGUUGGCUGCGGUAAUGGCCUGCUUGUGUAUAUACUCGCUUCCGAAGGACACGAUGGAACCGGAAUCGAUUUAAGGAAACGAAAGAUAUGGGAUCUUUACCCAGAUAAAAUAAAACUGAUAGAAAAGCCUUUGAUACCAGAUGCAGAACUAUUCCCACAUGCUGAUUGGAUUAUUGGAAAUCAUUCGGAUGAAUUAUCUCCUUGGAUUCCAGUCUUGGCAGCCAGAAGCAGCUAUCAGUGUCGGUACUUCCUGCUACCUUGUUGUGCAUUUGAGUUUGACGGCAGUAAAUUUCAACGGCAGAAUUCAAGUGUCAGUCAGUACAAUGAUUUUUUGAAUUAUGUUAAGCACAUCUCAGAGGUAUGCGGUUUUAAAACCGACGUUGAUAGAUUAAAAAUUCCCAGCACAAAGAGAAUAUGUGUUGUAGGUUCAAAGCGCACGUAUACAGCGGGACAGUUCAACAUCUAUUGUGAUAAUAUUCAGAAAUUUAUCUCUAGCAGAGUGAGUUCCGGAGCAAACGUCGAAAAUCAGUCGCUGAUUUUUAAACUACGAGAAUGUACCGAGAAAGUCAGAAAUUGCACCAAAGUUGACCGAAGCGUGGUGGAUGACAUUGUUGCAAUUGUUUUUAACGCACUUAUAGCGAAAAAACGUAUCGCUUCCGAGUUUCCCGAAAAAAACUGGAACGCUGGAGGAACUAUAGCCUUAGGUGAAUUAGUGAAGAUGAUUGACCAAAAUAAACUAAACCACCUGAAAUCCGAAUGUGGUGGGCUUCAAACUUUGCUUAAAAACAAUCACCAAAUAUUUCAAGUUGUAGGUGGCUGCGUUCAACUAAGAAUUCCGACGAAGUGUGGACAGAGUAGUAAAACUACGGAAGAACUGAGGAGGAAAGUGAAACAAAAAAAUGCGAAACACGUGAACUUUAAGGAAAGAGCUUGUUGGCAUUUUAGUAAUCAUCCUGAUGGUUGUCCAUUUGAUGAGUGUGAUUGUAAGUUUAAACAUUGAU